GUGUGAGCUCGUGUCUCUCGGUGGGGGUGAGACACUAAUAUUUCCACUUCUGUCUCACUGGUUUACUUUGAAGCGCAUGUUUGAUAUUGUAUGUUGUGUAGAAGUGAAAGGACAGAAACAUGUGAAGUGUGUGAACUAUUUUCAGCUGCGCUCCGUGACGCUUAUCGGUUAAGUCAGCUGAGCUGCGUGGCAUGGCUCCUGUGUGGUGGUGAACAUGGACACGACCAUUAACUCUGAGUUCACAGGCAGGAUGUGUGACGGGACUCUGGAAUACUUGUUGAGUCGGAGGCAGAUAAGGCGGAGGGACGGUGCUGAGGUGAGAUGGUGUCACGCAGUGAACAGCAGGAGCAGACUGCACGAGGCGCUGACAGGUCCCACUCAUAUGAUUGAGGCAGACAUAAUCAUGAGGGGUCAUGACCCCAAAGAGCCAAUCAUGGCACACCCCCCUGACACAGACAGCGACAUCACACUGAAGGAGUGGCUGGAAGCAGUGAAAGAGCACCACAUGGGAAUAAAACUCGACUUUAAGAGCCUGGAGGCAGUGUCUCACUCUAUGGCUCUGCUGGAGAAAGUGCUGCCUGCUCUGAGCUGUCCUGUGUGGAUCAAUGCAGAUAUUGUCUCUGGUCCUGGUGGACGGGCCACACCUCUGGACCCUCACGCAUUUCUUUCUGCCGUGACAACUCUCCCCACUCACGCUGUGCUCUCCCUCGGCUGGACGACAGGAUGGACUGCUGGGACAGACAACCCAGGAUACAGCUGGGAUAUGGUUCAUGUGAUUGAGGAGAUAUGUAGAUCCCUGAAACAUCCAGUCACCUUCCCAGUACGUGCAGCUCUCCUGGCCCAGUCGUUCUCUCAGCUCACAUGGCUGCUGCAGCAGUCAGACAGGUACAGUCUAACUGUGUGGACCAGCCAGAGUGACAUAUUUUCAACGCAGGACUUACUGCCCUACAGAAAAAACGUUGACAUCAGUAGGAUCUACUAUGACCUGCCUGACUGUCAAAGGACAGAACUCAGUCUGACAGGAGGAGACAGUCUCUUAGAAUAACUACACUGCAAACCAAGUUGUUUUCUGAACUCUGACAGACGACUGAUGCCCCCAGGUGGAGAGAGAGGACUGCGAAACUUGGCUCUGUCUAACCAAGGGAGUCAGGACCACUCAAGGAGAUGACUUAAGUCUUAAGACCUUUCCCUAAUGCAUAAGAUUAGGUCCUACGUUCAAAUUUGAACUCAAACUUGGGUUUCUUACCCACUAGAAGUGCGUGGUGGUGGUGGUGCUGCCCUUUGCUCUGUCAUUUAGCUGGGGAAGAGGGGCCAUCUUUGAAUAUUGUGUUUACAAACAGCCACUGACAAAUCCUCCCAAAUUUACCUUUGAGUUACAUUUCUAGUGGCAAUAUCAGAAUCACUCGGAGGAUCUUAAUAAGAGGAACUGAAGUGAAGUAUGUUGAUGAAGUCUCUGUAACAAAGUCUGUUUCCCCUCUGACCACACACAGCAUCGUUGAUUUUAGUGGCAGGGUCAUGGCGUACCCCUGUACAUCACUGUAGUCACAGGUGACAAGUCUAACCACUGGAGUUGUCAGGGGAAAUUUGGGAUCUUGCCUAAAGACACUUUGGCAUGUGGAAUGGGGGAGACAGCAAUCUUCUGGUUAGUGGACAACCCGCUCUACUUCCUGAACCAGAGCUGCCUGUAGCAGUAGUGUUUCACUGUUGUAGCUGUUUUAGCUGUAGCUGAUUUAAUGCCUUGAUACUUGUUAUCAAGCAGGACAUUGGUAUAAUGUGCUGUAUGAAAAUGCACCUAUUUUACAUUGAUAUCAAGUUGAUCUUCAGAUGUUAAAUCUUUAUAUGCAAAGUAACUAGAAGCUGAAGCUGUAAAAUAGAAGUAAUAGUAAUUACAGUGUAUACAGUAGUGUACAGUGGUGAUUGAGCAGCUGUGGCUCAGGAGGGAGAUUUGGUAUUUUGAUCCCAGUCUUGAUCACUCCACAUGCCAAAGUAUCCUUGGUUAAGAUACUGAAACCAAAAAUUGCCCCUUCUCAUAGACACAGUACUGCACAUAGAGACAGUGUAUGAAUGUGUGUGUGAAUUGGGGAAUGGCAAAAACCUGUACUGUAAAAUGCUUUGAGUGGUCAUGAAGGCUAUAAAGGCCCUUUUUAAAUACACAGACCAUUUUUCCAUUUAAACUAUGGUUAAGAGAUCAAGUGACAAAGUACAAGACACAAUAUGAAUAGGAAUGUUUUCAAAUGUAGAUUUGUUAUACUUAACAUAUUACAUUGAGCCCUAAACAAUGAAGUAAGUUAAUAACCAAAUACUGUAUUUGUAUUGUAUCACAUCUGUAUCACAUCUGGUUAAUUCAGACUUUAGGAAUGCACUCAGAAUUUGAGUAGUUCAGAUAAUCCACUCACUAAGACAUUGUAGUGAACAAUGUCAAUGGAAAUGGUAUUUGUCUACUAACUGGUGUCAGUGAGCUGGAGGUAAAUAUUAGUUUAGAUGAUCUGUGGUGAACAGAGAUUUGUCAGAUGAUCUUCUAUCCAACUGUGAGGUUGAAGACAUUAGCAGAUGUUAAUGGCAUUGUGUUUACAGUGUAUGGAUGUGAGAUGGAUCCUGGGGCAAUCCUCUUUUAAUAAAAUAUUUACUCAA